GCUGAACUGUUGGUUCUGACCCAUUCCUUUCAUGUUCAGAAAUCAGAGUUUUUCUGGUUUCCAAACAGGAACUCUGUGUGCUCACAUUGAUGUGUCUUCCUCCCAGCCCAGCAGGAUGUUAGUCACACAGAGGGAGGAGGAGGAGGAGCAGAGAGGAAGAGGAGGCAGAUAAACAUCAGCCAGGAGCGCGAGAGGAGGAGGAGGAGGAGGAACUGGGAGGGCGCAGCGACCAGCAGCGGCUCCAGCGACCAGAACCAGUAGAAAAGGUAAGAACCAUGAAGACCCGAUCACACGGCGAGAGGAGGAGGAAGAGGAGCGGGGAUGGGUGAGUCUCAGUCGAGGUCAGUGAUGCUGCACCAUCAGGACCAACAUCUGAACCUGGCCUACAGAGGAAGCUCCAACAGCUCCCCCCACAGGAACAAAGACAGCAACUUCAACUUCCUGCCAGGUGCCAACGACGAAGCCCAGGCAGAAACCAGGAAAGGAGGCGAUGAGAACCGGAACCAGGUCCGUCCUCGAAAUCUGCCGUUGGGUCGCGACCCUCAGAGUUCGCCUACCUCCAGCUUCAACUCGAGCCUGAUGUCGCCUCGCUCCCGCCUGCCCUGCUGGAGCCCACUGGAGCCGCUCCCUGAAAUCGAGACGGGGGAUGACGGGUACGGACGAGUGCCGCCGGACGGAGCGGAGGAGUGGAGGAUGGAGGAGGAGGAGAGGAGGAUGAUGUUUGAUGAGAAGAAGGAGCGCCAGAGGAAGGAGGAGGACCCGGAUGACGAAUGGGGAGACAGCGACUCAGAGUCGGAGUUCAGCUGUCGCUCCGGCGGCAGCGUCUCCUCCCUGAAUGUGGAGAGUGGAGGCGAGGCGGGGCUCCUGGGCGGCUGGGACCGGAUCGGCGUUGGAGAGCCCAAAUCGAGCAAGCCUGAAGCCGGGCUGACCAGAACCGAAGAUGUGAGACAGAGAAGCUUCAGCAACAAGCCGCCGACCGGGAGUGACCUGCAGAACCUGCCAGAGGAGCGUAACCACAGCGACAACCAAUCCUCAGACUCGGAUGGUGAGCUGCCGGAGCUGAUGGACGCCGUGUGGACGCUGCGGGACCGCGAGCGCUUCAAGGUGCAGGAGAUGGAGAAGCACCAGGUGCAGCUGACCAUGUACCGCCGGCUGGCACUGAUCCGCUGGGUGCGCACGCUGCAGGGCCGCGUCCAGGAGCAGCAGAACCGCCUGCAGUCCAGCUUCGACGUCAUCCUGACCCACAGGAAGGAGCUGCUGCGGAUGGGAGCCGCCGCCACCGCUGUCGCCCAAUCAUAAGAGGCCUACAGUGUGAUGUCACAGCGCCUGUGUCUCAUUGUGUUUCUGAUUUCAACGAGUCAAACUCGUUUUUCUGUGUCUGUAAAUGUGUGUAACUCUGCUGAACCCUAGAGCUCUACAUCAAUGUGACGACACCAUGGCGACGCCACGAUGCCAUGACGACGCCAUGACGACAGUGACGAUUCCAAGACAAUAUCACGACGACAGGCUGGCCACACUGUGAUGACAAUCCCAGGAUGUUACUAUGACGACACUACCGUAACAUUGUGAUGAUACUAUGACGUUGCCAUGACAGCACCAUGACAACAGGGUGGCCAUACCAUAAUGAUACCUUGAAGGCAGUGUGAUGAUGACAACCAGUAUUGAUACCAUGACAACAGAGUCUUGACUCUGAACCAACCGUUCUGUCUUUAUUCCUGAACAUUUUGUGUUUGUAUCUGACUUAUUAUCCCAGAUUAAAGAAGUUAUCUGAA